CCGCCCCUUUGUCUUUGGGAUUGGAUGAGGGGAGGUCUUCCGGUGACCGACUUCCGUUACUUGCUGCUGAGGACUACGCUCUCCUGGGGUCGGUGAAGGAUCCCAAGAUGGCUGGGCGCAAACUUGCUCUAAAAACCAUUGACUGGGUAGCUUUUGGGGAGAUCAUUCCCCGAAACCAGAAGGCUAUUGCUAACUCCCUGAAGUCCUGGAAUGAGACCCUCUCCUCCAGGUUGGCUACUCUGCCUGAGAAACCACCAGCUAUCGACUGGGCUUACUACAAGGCAAAUGUUGCCAAGGCGGGCUUGGUGGAUGACUUUGAAAAGAAGUUUAAUGCCCUGAAGAUUCCUUUGCCAGAGGAUAAAUAUACUGCACAGGUGGAUGCUGAAGAAAAGGAAGAUGUAAAAAGUUGUGCUGAGUUUGUGUCUCUCUCAAAGGCCAGGAUUGAAGAAUAUGAGAAACAGCUGGAGAAAAUGAAGAACAUUAUUCCAUUUGAUCAGAUGACCAUUGAGGACUUAAAUGAAGUCUUCCCAGAAACCAAAUUAGACAAGAAGAAGUAUCCCUAUUGGCCUCACCAGCCCAUUGAGAAUUUAUAAAACUUGAAUCCAGGAGGAAUCUCUGCCCUUGUAUUACAAACUCUGCACAUUAAAAAUAUUAAUUAUAUA